UCUUCUUUCCCAUGAAACUCUAUCUAAUCAUGGCCUUAAUCUUUCAUCACAACGUUGUUGCUUUGCUUCUUGUCCUAUUCAUUACAAACCAGUUGGCAUCAUUUGUGAUUGCCCAAGAUGACAUAGAUUUGUCCAAGGGAGCCUCAUAUAUCUUUGGAGAUUCUUUGGUUGAUGCAGGGAACAACAACUACUUGCAAACCCUCUCUAAGGCUAAUAUUCCCCCAAACGGUAUCGAUUUUAAGGCCUCUGGAGGGAACCCUACCGGUCGGUACACGAACGGGAGAACCAUAGGAGAUAUUGUUGGAGAGGAGCUAGGGCAGCCGCAGUAUGCCGUGCCGUUUCUCGCCCCAAACACCACCGGAAAGACUAUAUUAUAUGGCGUUAAUUAUGCGUCGGGAGGAGGAGGAAUUAUGAAUGCUACCGGAAGAAUAUUUGUUAACAGGCUCUCGAUGGACAUUCAAGUGGAUUACUUCAACAUUACGAGGAAAGAAAUAGACAAGUUAUUGGGUGCAUCAAAGGCGAGAGAAUAUCUGCAGAGGAAAUCCAUAUUCUCCAUUACCAUAGGGUCCAAUGAUUUCCUCAACAACUACCUCUUGCCUGUAAUAUCAAUGGGUGCAAGAAUAUCAGAAACCCCUGAUGCCUUCGUUGACGACAUGCUCAAUCAUCUAAGAGCACAACUUACGAGACUUUAUCAACUGGACGCAAGGAAGUUCAUAGUGGGAAACGUUGGGCCAAUUGGCUGCAUUCCCUAUCAGAAGACGAUCAAUCAACUGAAGGAAGAUGAGUGCGUGUCGUUGCCGAAUAAGCUGGCGCUUCAGUACAACGCCAGGUUGAAGGAUCUGCUUCAGGAACUCAACGAAAACCUGCCUGGAGCCACCUUCGUCCAUGCAAAUGUCUACGAUCUUGUCAUGGAACUCAUCACCAAUUACGCCAAAUACGGAUUUAUAACAGCAAGUAGAGCUUGUUGUGGGAACGGAGGGCAAUUCGCAGGGAUAAUCCCUUGCGGGCCGACGUCGAGCAUGUGUUCGGACAGGGACAAGCACGUUUUCUGGGAUCCUUACCACCCGAGCGAGGCCGCUAACGUUAUAAUCGCCAAACAGCUGCUUGACGGCGAUUCCAGAUACAUAUCUCCCAUGAAUCUCCGCCAGCUUCGAGAUCUCUGAUCAUUUUGCAAUAUUUCAGUUUUUUUUUGGUUUUCUUCAAUUCGGCUUAUUAUGAGCGAAUUAUAAUUAAUCGUUGUAACCUUUUGUUAUGCUUCUUCUCUUGUUUGUGCUCUGUUUGGAUCAAAAUUGAAGAAAAAAUAUUAUUCCACCCCAAAUAGGCUUCUGAAAUGUCUUCAAUGUACGUACGAUACGAUGAUUUACUGCUUAAUGAACUUUGGAAUAAGUCAUGUUUCUA